UAAUAGUUGAUACGUUUAUUUAAGCCCAUCUCUAAACAAGACUAAGAUGCACAAUAUUGAUAUUUGUUGAUAUUGAGCGAAAUCAAUUAUAAUUGCGUUUUUACACUUUGUGUGCGCUGAAAUUGUGCGCCGCAGGAGUUAGUACGCAUAAAAGAUAUAAGGUGAUACGCAAAAUUUUUGAAAAUGGAGGAAAUAGAAGGAGACUAUGUGAACUACGCACGGCAACUUUCGUCGAGUGGUAAUCUUAGCAAAUCUUUCGAUAUAUACAUUUCGGUUUUUGAAAAGAAUCCCCGCCUUAAAAACAUGUAUGAACCAGAAUUCCAGAUCGUUAUGAUGCGGUACAAUGAAACCUUGUCCGCAGCUGGAAAGAUUGAAGACAUAUUUACUAAUUUUAGUCGCGCUAUUAAGAUUUUCCCGAAAAACGUAUACCUGUUGAAUGAGAUUGGCAAAUAUUUGUAUAAGUUCGGUUAUUACGAAGAGGCUUGGUCUCACUUCCAGAAAGCUCUCAGCGCGAAUUCCGGUUUUGUAAAUGCGGAAAAGAAUUUGAAUUCUGUGAAAAAUUUACUUGUUGAAAGAUGGCAUUUUCGAAUGUUAAAUGACAAAAAACGAAAUGAGCUAUUUCGAGCCGCUAUUCAUGAGAUAGUCAAGUUCGGCAAGGAUAACGUGAUUGAUGUUGGAACUGGGACAGGCUUGCUGGCGCUGUUUGCUCGGAAGUGCCAGCCACUGACCAUCACUGCAUGUGAUGGCUCUAGUGUUAUGACUAAAAUAGCAGAGAAUAUAAUACAAGACUAUGAGAUAAAUGAUAUAGCCAUUGUAAACAAGAUGUCCACAGCCAUGGAUUAUAAAGAGAUAGGUUCCAAAUGCACUGUCCUGGUGACUGAAAUGUUUGAUGCUGGCUUAUUCGGGGAACAUGUGUUGCAAACACUGUUGCAUGCUUGGAAUUAUUUGAUAGAUGUUGGAGGAAAAGUAAUUCCUGGUAGAGCAGAGUUCUUUGUAGCAGGUGUAAAUUGCAACUACCUUAAUUUAAAAUAUCAGCUGGGGCAAGGCAUUAAAACUUUAUUGAAUAUCCCCACAGCAAAUGUUCACAUGAUGUCCAAUGAUGAGACAUAUGACUGUGAAGAUGUACAUUCUUUCAAAGAUUUAAAAUACAUGACUGAAGAGCAUUCUCUCAUCAAAAUAGACUUUAAUAAUUAUGAUGAUAUUCAAGAUAAGUUAUAUCGAAGUGAACCUUUCAAUAUUGACUUGAUUGCCACCCAAGAUGGUGAAAUAAAUUGUAUGAUCGGUUGGUUUAACUUGUAUUUGACAGAUAAUGUUACAAUAACAACAGAUCCCCGCUCUGAAGAUCGGUGCAAUGCUUGGCAGCAGGCUGUCUUCUUUGACAUCAUACCAAAAGAAGUUAAAAAGAAUGACUCAUAUACUACACAAUUUUUGAUGAAUACUGGAAAGUUGACUAUGGUUCCCAAUUACAAUAUAAACAUUGACAAGAUUUCGCAUGAAGCAUUGAGAUUUUUGAAUGAUUCAGAAUAUGUGAAGACGAUUCUUGGAUGCGUUGGCAUGGCUUGUGUCUACCUUGGUCAAAUUAUUGAGAUGGCCGAGAUUGUUGUUAUUGAUUUAUGCCCAUUCCCUCUGUUUGGUUUGCAAAUGUUGAAAAGAGGUGCCAAGUCCUUGGUCUGUACUGCUAGAACUUAUAAUGAUGAAAUAUUCAUUCUUAAAGUCUUAGAAGCCAAUAAAAUUGACAUAUCCAAAAUAACUAUACUAGUGGGAGAUCUGUGGAAUUUGGAUUCUUUUGUUGAUACAUUAUUCCAUGCAAUUUUUUGCCAUCCUUUCGAGUUAUGUGGGGAAAUUGAUUUGAGACUGAAAGAUAUAGCUCACGAAUUGAAGACAUCCCAUUUGGCACCGGGAGGUCUUUACAUGCCGGCCACCAUUAGCAUCAUAGGCCAGCUUGUUGAUAGUCACUGGCUAGACAUUAACAACAGGGUUUACGAUGAAAAUACAAUUGAUUACAAAGUAUCGGGAUAUAUGAAUGUGUAUCAAGUAUCACAGAACUUCUGUAUUGACAUGUCCCGUUUGGAAUACACUCCUAUGUCGCGGCCUACAUGUUUGGGUGAGUGUUCAAAUGAGUUAAGAUCGUUUGUGAUUAAUGUACCUAUCAUUAAGGAUGGCACAGCAAAUGCCAUUCUUUGCUGGUAUAAAAUUGAAUUGAUGGAAGACAUAGGAGAAAUAGCCACAAAUAGAAGUGACGGUUUUGUAGACAGCAUAGCGUUCCUUGCUGAUCCUAAAGUUCCAAUGAAGAAAGGAGAUAUUGCGAAUGUAUUGCGCUGCGUUGAUCCUGAUGGUGGUUUUAAACUACUUGUCGAUAUCGAAAAUUAAUGGUUAUAGGCUAACAUACAUUUAUUUAUGAAACCUUUUUUAUUAGUUACCAUAAGUAAUAAAAUUUUAUUUUUUAUCAAACUAAGCAGGAAUGUUAAGUGAAGGUUAACUCUAGGCAGUAAUUUUUUAUCCAAAUGACAUACACUGCUGAUCAUAGAUCUCACUCGAUAAUUUUUAAGACUCCUCUAAUACAUAAUAGUUCCUUAUUUUAUUUUACUUUAGGCGUCAAACCAAUGUGUUAGUAAAAAUAUUUUUUCAACCUUUACUAGUCAUAAUAAAGUAAGUAUAGGGUAUAACUUAGGGUCCUUCAAGAAGCGAGCGUAUCACAAUCUCAAAGGCCGGCAACGCAUUUGCGAUUCCU